CCCCGCGGCGCCCGCGCGCGGGCGGCCGUUCCUUUUGGCAACGGUGCGCCGCGGUGGCGGCGGCGGAGGCGGCAGCGGGUAGCCUCUGGCAGCCCUGAGCUGGCCGCCCAGUCCCCGGUAGCGGGGAAAGGAUGGCGCUGAAGCGGAUCCAGAAGGAACUCACUGACUUGCAGAGGGACCCGCCUGCCCAGUGCUCCGCAGGACCUGUGGGAGACGACUGGUUCCGCUGGCAGGCCGCGGUCACAGGCCCGCACGACAGUCCUUACCAAGGAGGCAUUUUCUUCCUGAACAUCCACUUUCCCACAGAUUAUCCAUUCAAACCGCCUAAGGUUACUUUCACGACCAAAAUUUACCACCCCAACAUCAACAGCAACGGCAGCAUCUGCCUCGACAUCCUGCAGUCCGUGUGGUCUCCGUCGCUGACAGUGUCCGAAGUGCUCUUGUCCAUCUGCGCCCUGCUCAGCGAGCCCAACCCCGACGACCCUCUGAUGCCAGAGAUUGCCCACACCUACAAGGCCAACAGAGAGAAGUACAACAAACUAGCAAGAGAGUGGACACAGAAAUAUGCUAUGUAAGGGCCUUGGAGGCUUCAUGGCAAAGAGGUCCUUCCAUGAAACUGAGCUCCUGGCCAAGCCACUCCCAGAGUACCCUCUUGUACGAACAAACGCUGGCCGCACUUUCUCCCGCCACAGCGCAUUGGUGCCACUCUCAGCCAUCGUGGCUUUGACAUCACAUCUUUGAAGCCAAGUUAGUCAUCGCUGUUAUGACCUGCAGCCUCCCUGGCCACACUGGAAUCGGUCCCUGUGCCCCUCUCACUGCUGGUCUCACCGAGGGACAGUGUGCUGUGCACCUCCCCUGCCCAUCCUUAGGCGGCACCCCUCACCAUGGCACCACCCGAGCCCCCGCCUGGCCCUCACCUCUGUGUCUCAGCACCAGCCUGGGUGUCCCAGGCAGAGGGGCCCUGUCUGCUGCAGACCUUGUCCCAGGAGGUCUCCACUCAUCCUGGGAGUCAGGAGCACUGUCACUGGGAUAGUGUCCCUCUGUGGUGCUGGCACCCUCUCCCCACCCCGACCCCGCACCGGGCAGCAACAGCACAGAGAAUGUUGACACAGCACAGAACACCCCGGGAGAGGUGACUGUCUUUUCAGAAGCCAGACCUGCAGAGAUUGGGGUUUGCUUUUCCACAUGAAGAGGUUUUUCAGCACCCACCACCCCUCUCGGAGCCUGCACUAAGCCCAGUGGGAGCUACCACAGACCAGAGCACAGGGGCAGGGAGAGACUUGGAAAUGUAAAUAAAAAUGUGAUUCACUCAUCACCCUAAA